AUGGGCGCCCUUGUCUCUCGUGCUUCUCGUUCCGCUAGAUACACUCUCGUCUUCCACGCCGAGCCGCAGUUUGUGGACACGGUCAAGCAGGCCGUCUUUGCUGCUGGCGCCGGCCGCUAUCCCAACUACAGCGAAUGCUGCUGGACUGCCACCGGCACCGGCCAAUUCCGGCCCGUCGGCGCCGCCAACCCUCACACCGGCGCGGUCGGCGUCCUGGAAAAGAUUGAAGAGCUCAGAGUCGAGAUGUUGUGUGAUAGCGAGGAGACGGCCAGGAAAGCUGUCGAGGCUCUCAAAAGGCAACAACCCUACGAGGAGCCAUCGUAUGCCGUCUACAAGUCGGAGAAUUUCUGA